AAUCAAAUUUUUUGAUAAUCAAGAUCUUUUAUGUGCAUGUUCUUGAAAAUUUUUAGUUGCUAUUAAAGAUUUUUAGAAUUAAAAAAUCUAAUUAUUUCCUAUUUGUUUAAUGUAAUACUGUUGAUUUUUAGAAUUUAUAGAAUUAAUCUGAUUAUAUUAUUAUAAAUCAUUGUUUGCUGGGUUGCUGAGUUGCUGUUGUUAUUGAACACACUGCUGGGUGGUGGUUCUUGUUACUGGGUUUGCUGGGUUGUUAGGUGUAGUUUAUUUGUUAGUUUUUCUCAUUGAAUUGAAUUAAAAAAAUCGGGUUCGCAUAUUGUGCGGGUUAAACGGGUUUGGGACUGACGGGUUUGGGACGGGUUCGGAUAGUAAAAUUAAAAUAUUAAACAGAUUUGGGACGGGUUCGGGAAUUGUAUAUAUAAUUGGGUUCGGGUUUGGGUAAUCUCAAUUUUGCGGGUAUCCUACCCAUUUACAUCCCUAGAUCUUGAGAUUGAGUUGUCAUCCAACUGAGACUCGUCAGGACCUGUUUUUGGGCACUAGAAAGAGAAUAUAGAUACAGGAAAUAAACAAUGGUUCGCUUGUUUUUGUCGGAACCUAACCGGAAAGAAGAUGGAGUUCGUGGAGACAGUGUCGUUGCCAAGCAAUGGAUAUCGCAUUUGAACCAAUUGGAAUCCCUUAUCUGGUCGUUGAUGACUGCUGGCGGAGCAGAAGCUCGUUUAUGGCUUUGCAGUACAAUAUCAGGCAUUACUUCCUUGACCUCCCGCCAGCAGCGGGACCUCUUUGUGAACUUACUGAGAACCAGGCCUACAAAUCAUAGUUUGGCUUCCCAGCUCCUGCAAAUGAUAUUUGAGAAGCAGCCGCGGAAAGCUGGACCCAUCAUAGCCAAGAGAAGUUAUAUGCUUGAGAAGUUCUUUGCAGGCAUGAAAUCCAAAGCGUAUAAUGCAAUGGUUUUCAAAUUUUGCUAAUGGGGUGGAUUGGAUCACAAAAAGGGUGCCAAAGCAUUAUCGCAAUUUGCAUUUGUGAAUCGUGAUAUAUGUUGGGAGGAGCUUGAGUGGAAAGGAAAACAUGGGCAAUCCCCUGCCUUGGUGGCUACAAGGCCUCAUUACUUUCUUGAUUUGGAUGUCCAACGAACAGUGGAAAAUUUUCUUGACAAUGUACCUGAAUUUUCGUCUUCCACUGAGUUUGCUGAGUCCUUGAGAGAUGGUGAUAUUUUGUUCAUUGAUACCAAGUACUUUGUCGAAUUUUUUGUUGGCUUGAUGUACAAAGAGGAUUCAAGAGAUGUAUGGGAAGUUAUAAGUCAGUUUCUUAUGAAUGAAUCUUUUUCCUUUUUGUGUAACCGCCUCCUUAUCACUCUUGGAGACAGGGAAUUGUUCACUGUUCUGGAAUUGCUUCAUGCAUAUUUAAGCAUGAAUAUGGAACCAGUGGAUUUUGGUAACUCAUCUUGUUGGCUUGAGUUUGCACUUUCUAGAUUCAAUGAUUGUGAAUCUUUUGAGCAGCUGCUUCUGUUAAAUGCUGUUAUCAAUCAAGGACGCCAGCUUCUGCGGCUUGUGCAUGAUGAAGAGUCCCAAGAGGAACAAACAAAAAUCAAGGACAUUGUAUCUCAGACAUGCACAAUCUCAAGCACGGGAAACAUCUUGGAUCCUUUACUGAAUGAAUGCUUCAAGAUGAAGACAACAGAAGCAAUUAUGUUCUUGGGGCUUCAGUCUUGGGUUAUUCAUUAUGCAUUAUCAGACGAAAGCCGAAUUUCAGAAUCCUGGGAAUCUUUAUUUUCAAAUAAUGGUAUAAGUUUCCAAAAGUCUUAUAAAUAUGCAAUGCUACAUCACGUCGGAUUGUCAGAAGAAAGUGACUAUGAAUUGGAUAAUGUUGCACAGUUAAGAGAAAGCGCAGGAAGAAAAAGAAAAGUAGAAAAAAGAAAAGGAACUUCGAUGAUGAGGAAUUCUAUGAGAAUUAGCUGCUGGAUCUCGACACCUCAAAUAAUCAGCUAGGUUUGCAAUCUAAGGCUGGAAGUUGGUUGCUUUCCACGGAUGGAUUUUCUGCAUCAUGGACUGAUGUAAGUUGAACUGUUUACUUUAUUUUAUCACAGCAUUUCUUUUACCACUUCACUCUGUUAACUUGCAUAAUACAUGUGAGGAAUGUUCCAUUAUGAUUAUGUAGUAAUCUAAAAAUAUUUCGAAAA